AUGGCGAGUGUUAAGAUUUUCGGUUCUCCCACCUCGACCGACAUGGCGAGAGUUCUCACUUGCCUCUUCGAGAAGGAACUCCACUUCCAACUGGUCCGUGUGGACGCCUUUCACAUCAAAGAGCAUCAGCUCGAGACGCUCAAGAUUCAGGUACACUCUUCUUCUUCUUCAACUAUUACUGCCGCCGCUGCUGCUGCUCUUAAUAUCAAUUUAUGCAUAUGUUUCCCACGAUAUCUGUCGUCUGUUUACACUGGCUGGCGUUGCAGCCCAACAGACUAGGAGCUACCUUUGAGCACGGGGACAUCACCCUCACUGGUAAGAUGAUACGGCCAUGAAACAUUCUUGGUAGCAGCCAAGUUCUGAAUGGAUCUAACGUUCUCCUGGGAUGGUCCGCAGACUCGAGAGAGAUUAUUCGUUACGUGGCGAAGAAUUUCCCCAAGAGGGAGGAGCUUCUGGGGCCGGGGAUGCUGGAGAGGGCCUCCGUUGAGUACUGGCUCAAGAUGGAGGAGAACCUGUUCGAGCCUGCGAGCUCGGCCUUGCUCAACCUUGCCUUCCCGGUGAACAUGCCAUUGGAGCAUGAUAUGGACGAGCUCUACGAGUGCAAGAAGGACCUGGCCGAAGUGCUCGACAUGUACGAGAAGCAGCUGUGGGAGACCAAGUACCUCGCUGGUGACAAGUUUUCGCUGGCCGACCUCUCCCACCUCCCCAAUACCCAGAAGCUCAUGACCACCGAGUGCGCAUCCCUCUUCAAAUCCAGGAAGAAAGUGAGCCAGUGGUGGACUGACAUAUCCAGCCGGCCUUCUUGGAAGAGGGUGAUGGCCAUGCAAGCGAAGUCACCGGAGGUCGCCUAA